CCUGGCGGAGGGGGUGGCUGGGGGAGCAGGGCUACAGCAGAGAAGUCAAAGAUACUCGACCUCGCGUUCAUUUCGUAAGCUGGUGUCCUGACCCAAGCGCACUCCGGCGAAGGCUCUAGCCGGGGAGUCUUAAGUUGGCAGUGUUGUUCACUCUACAAAUCCAGCUCUUAGGAGACCAGGGCCCCCACUGUCAUGAGGCAUCUUUGGGAGAGUGUCUGUCUGUCUGAGCCACAACUGACCCCCUCUCUGCUCCAGUCUCCUCCUCCAGCCCUGCGGACUGAGACCUGGUCCUUUCUCCUGGAGGCACAUGCCCAGGACCCAGCAGUGGCCACCGGUACCCUGAUGGCUGAGGACCAGGAAUCAGUGACCUUCAAGGAUGUGGCUGUGGACUUCACCCUGGAGGAGUGGGGCUGGCUGGGUCCUGGCCAGAGGGAGCUGUAUCGGGACGUGAUGUUGGAGAACUACCAGAACCUUCUCUCACUGGGGGCAGGGCCUCCAGGGUUCAAACCCGACGUGAUCUCCCGUCUGGAGCGAGGGGUGGAGCCCAGUAUGGAGAAGAGAGAAGGCUGGCAAAUGGCCUGUCCAGACUUGGAGACGAGGUCUGCACCGACUCAGGAGACGCUUGUAAAAAAGAGCAUUUCUGCAGAGGCCGCUUCCGCAGGGGGAAAGACGGGGGGCGGUUUAAGGGCAGCGCUGGGAGAUGCCAGACUGGGGGGAUCCCGGGCGUGUGGCCUCCGGUCGGAGGACCGGGGAAGGCAGGAGAGGCAUUUGAGGUGCUUGUCGGCUACUCCCAAGGAAGCCGUCUGUGGGGAGAGAGGCCUCGGCGGUCACGAGCUCGGGCGAAGCCUCAGGCGGGCCUCCGCCCGCGUCCGGAAGCAAAGAGGGCCGGGCGGGGAGAGAGCCCGGCAGAGGGACGGGCCGAGAAAGAGCCUGAAACGCCAAAGGACGUUGGUAGAGAGGAAGCCAUUCAGCUGCGCGGAAUGCGGGAAGGCCUUCGUUUACCACUCAGACUACAUCCUGCACCAGAGAAUUCACACCGGAGAGAAACCCUACAAGUGUGAGGAUUGCGGGAAGGCCUUCAGCAACAGCUCCUAUUUCAUCCAGCACCACGUCAUUCACACGGGAGAGAAGCCGUACGCGUGCGGCGAAUGCGGCAAGACCUUCACCCAGAGCUCCUCGCUUACCGAGCACCAGAGGAUCCACACGGGCGAGAGACCCUACAGAUGCAAGGAGUGCGGGAAGGCCUUCACCCAGAGCUCCUCCCUCAUCAAACACCAGCGCUGCCACACGGGGGAGAAACCCUACAAAUGCAACCAGUGCGGGAAGUUCUACUCGCAGGUGUCCCACCUCACCCGCCACCAGAAAACCCACACGGGGGAGAAGCCCUACAAAUGCGGUGAGUGUGGCAAGGCCUUCUGUCACACUUCCUCGUUGACCCAGCACCAGACCAUCCACACCGGAGAGAAACCCUACAAAUGUAACGAGUGCGGGAAAACCUUCAGCCACAGCUCGUCCCUGUCCCAGCAUCAGCGCGUCCACACCGGCGAGAAGCCCUAUGAGUGUCACGCGUGUGGCAAAGCCUUCGGCCACAGCUCCUCCCUGACUCAGCAUCAGAGAAUUCACACCGGCGAGAAGCCCUAUGAGUGUCACGAGUGUGGGAAGGCGUACACGCAGAUUUCCCACCUCAUGAGGCACCAGAGCAUUCACGUGGGAGAAAAACCCUACGUAUGUGACGAGUGCGGGAAGGCUUUCAGUCACACCUCGUCCUUCACCCAGCACCAGACGAUUCACACCGGGGAGAAGCCCUACAAAUGUAACGACUGUGGGAAAACCUUCAGCCAGAACUCGUCGCUGACACGCCACCAGAGGAUUCACACCGGGGAGAAGCCGUACGAGUGCCGGGCGUGCGGGAAGGCCUACACCCAGAUUUCCCACCUCAUCCAACACCAGAGGAUUCACACUGGAGAGAAACCGUACGAGUGCGGGGAGUGCGGGAAAGCCUUCAGCCGCAGCACCCACCUUAUCGAGCAUCAGAAAAUCCACACGGGCGAGAAGCCCUAUAAGUGUGAAGAGUGUGGGAAAACGUUCGGUCACCACUCAUCCCUCACUCAGCACCAGAGGAUUCACACUGGCGAGAAACCCUACGCCUGUAAGGAAUGCGGCAAAGCCUUCAACCAGAGCAUCCACCUCAUUCAGCACCAGAGGAUUCACACCGGGGAGAAGCCCUAUGAGUGUAACAGCUGUGGGAAAACCUAUACCCAGAUUUCACACCUGAUUCAACACCAGAAGGUUCACACGGGUGGCAGUCGCCACGUGCGUAAGGCACGCGGGGAGGACUUCAGCUGGAGUCCACGCCUGACUGAACAGCGGAGACUCCACACCGUGCACGACGCCUACGUCUGCGAUGGUUUGGAGAAAGCCUUGGCUUGGGGCACACAGCUUGCCGAUUGUCAGAGAGUGCCUGCUGGCCAGAGAGCCUGAGAAGGGAGCCGACUGGUGGUCCCGCUGCUGGGUUCGGUUCGGCCUUCAUCAUCGGGAACCUCCUCCCUCCCAGAGAGGGACCCUAACACCACGUAUUGUGAGAGUUGGUUUCUCUGUUUCCUACAAAAAGAUGACACGGGUGUCACCAGCUGGGACAGCUUCUGAUCGUUUUUGGCGCCCCCCCCCAAAAUCGCAGCCUCUCUCCUGUUUCUUAGCCUUACAGUGUCCCCAAAGGGUGGUGUAAUGGAAUGUAACUUCAUCUGAUAGCUUUUUUUUAAUGUAUACCUUUUUGAGAGAGAACGAGAGAGAGAGAGAGCGUGAGCAGGGACGGGGCAGAGAGAGAGGGAG